AUGGUACUAAGAGUAAGUGCAUUACACGGUGAUACGAGUGGUAGUAAAAACCCCGUCGCCGCCACCUACGGCCCCGUCGCCGCCACUUGCGGUCCCGUCGCCGUCACCUGCGGCCCCGUCGCCGCCACCUGCGGCCCCGUCGCCGCCACCUGCGGCCCCGUCGCCAUCACCUGCGGCCCCGUCGCCGCCACCUGCGGCCCCGUCGCCGCCACCUGCGGCCCCGUUGCCGCCCCCUGCGGCCUUGUCGCCGCCACCUACGGCCACGCAGCCGCCACCUGCGGCCCCGUCGCCGCCACCUGCGGCCCCAUUGCCGUCACCUGCGGCCCCGCCGCCCUCCUCUAG